CAUGGCAAAUUUCAAAUAUUCUCAUGGGAAAAACAUGAAGUUAAUAAAAACUGGGUUAUUUUUAUCAAAAAAUAGGAAUUUUUUUGAAGAACUAAUCAGAAAUUGAUGGUAAAAUAUAUCAUUUGACUCAUUGUCCGUGUUAUUCGCUUAUCCGGUCGAGGUCAAGUCCCGAGAAGCCCGGAUAAACGGCGCUCCACUGUAUCUCUAUUUUUAGUUGCGUUGCCGUGCGUCACAGAGUAUUUUUGGAGCAGCUAGCGCACCCUAAGACUCGUUAUCGCAUACAGUAUUUUCGGAGUGCAAUUAUAGGAUCCCCAGCAGUUCCUGAUUGUCUUGGACUUUAUUUUUCUUUUUAAUGAAACUGAUUAUACGCGGGGGCUCGCUUUAGCUGCCAUCUGACCGCUCGGGCUACAUAAUAUUUAUUGCCCGUGAUACGGUGCAAUUUGCUGUGCCCCAAAACGAAUCACCUUCUCUUGGGUCGAAUAUGGAUGAGAAGAUUUUUGUUGUUAUGAAGCUACGAAGCUUCUACGUCACACAGAGUCUUCCAAUCACGUUGUACAACAGCUUUCCACUACUAACAAUAAGAUGUGACGUAUAGUUCUGAUGCCCAUCAGUAAGUAGGCUCACUGCCACCUCCAAGUUGAAAACGGCACCUGAUCCGCCACAUCUACAAAAAAUCGUCACCAGGUCCCGAUCUGGCGUGAUCGUACGGCAUGGCCCGCAGCGUUUAUUACGUCCAGGAAACACACACACACGCAUAUAAGAGAUAAUGGGGAGAAAAAGAUCUCGCUGUUGCGCAUCGAUCCUGGCAACAGAAUGCGCAAAAGAAGACAACCGCGCACUGCGCCUUAUAAGACGCAUCGCACGCGCGCUCGUCUUCCAGUCUGCCUCAGGAUAGGUCCUCAGGAUGGACACCGUCUACACAAGCAAGCGAAUCUUUCUGAACAGUGCGAGCCUGCCGGCGGAAGUGUUCCCCGGUGGGAUCGUCGUUUCCGCCCACGACGGUAAGGUGACGCGCAUACUCCCCUCCUGGGCCACCGUUGAGCGAUACCUGAAGGACAAUGAAGGUGAAUAUGAGCACUUUGAUUUUGGCAAUUUGAUGCUCAUGCCGGGACUGAUCGAUACGCACGUCCACAUCAAUGAGCCGGGCCGUACCGAGUGGGAAGGCUUCCACACUGCGACCAAGGCGGCAGCAGCGGGCGGUUUUACCACGAUCUGCGACAUGCCGCUCAACUCGAUCCCACCGACGACGAGCGUAGCCAAUCUGCGCACCAAGGUGAAUGCGGCUCGCGGCAAGAUCUUCGUCGAUGUGGCGUUCUGGGGCGGGCUAGUGCCGGACAAUCUGCCCGAGCUGCGCCGGCUGAUUGCGGCCGGUGUGUUCGGGUUCAAGUGCUUUCUGUGCCCGAGCGGCGUCGAGGAGUUCCCGCACGUUACGGAGGAGCAGGUGAUGGCGGCGGCACGCCUGCUCGAAGGUACCGGUGCAGUGCUGGCGUUCCACGCCGAGGUAGAGUGUCAGCGGCUGCCGAGUGACUGCCCCAGACCGCUCGACCCGCACAAGUACCGCUCGUUCCUGCAGACGCGCCCCGACACGAUGGAACAGCAGGCGAUCGAGCUGGUCGCGAAGGUGGCCCAGCAGCACGACGUUCGGGCACACAUCGUGCACCUGUCCACGGCCCGUGCCCUGCCAACGAUAAGGGCGGCCCGGGCGCUCGGCGCUCGCCUGACGGUGGAAACCUGCCACCACUAUCUGUCGCUGGCCGCCGAGGACGUGCCGGACGCUCGCACCGAGUACAAGUGCUGUCCGCCGAUACGCGGCCGCACCAACCGGGAGCAGCUGUGGCGCGCCGUGCAGGCCCGGGACAUUGAUCUGAUCGUGUCGGACCAUUCGCCCAGCACGCCCCAGCUGAAGCUGCUCACCGACGGCAAGCGGCGGGGCAACUUCCUCGAGGCGUGGGGUGGCAUUUCCUCGCUGCAGCUCGGGCUGCCCCUGUUCUGGACCGGCUGCCGGCGGUACGGGCUGUCGCUGCAGGAGACGGUCCGCCUGCUCUGCACCGAGCCGGCCCGGCUGAGCGGGCUGGACCAUCGCAAGAGCCGGCUGGACGUUGGCUACGACGGGGACAUGUGUGUCUGGGAUCCGGAGGGCACGGUCACCGUCACGGAGGACAUGCUCGAGUUCCAGCACAAGGCGACGCCGUACCUGAACCGAACGCUUCAGGGCGUCGUGCAUGCGACGGUACUGCGCGGCUCACUGAUCUAUCAACGCACGGACGUGCCAGCUUUUGGGCCACCUUUGGGCAGUAUACUGCUCGAUGGUCCUAAGGCAGUAGUUCAACGAGAGGAGUUGAGCAAGAGUUCAACAUUGGCCGCAGGAAGCAUAUCGGUUGAAGAAUUGGAAGAUGAUGAUAUAGAUUUGUAAAAAGAAUACAUAUGCUAGGGUAGAAUAGCUAUAAGUAAUAAGAUAAGUCAUAUGGGUAAGAGGUAAACUUGAAUACACUGUUACAGACGGCACGUACAGAUUUCGUAACCACCUGUUCUGCGUCGAGCACGAUGGCGUUGAACUGUCAGCACACGAUUGCAGGGUCAUUGCGCCAAUCCGAUCCGAGAUUAAUUGAGCUGAGUGGAAAGUUUCCAGCCCUUGUUUUGGUUGGUUUUUGGUCAGUAGGUCGCCUUAUUGCCGGCUGAUAAGCGGGGUGCGACGACACAAACAGGCGUUGGGGCUUCAACGCAUAUGCGCUCGGGUGCGCGAAGGCUGUUCUUGAAAACUGGAAAAAAGGCGUAUUAAUAGCACCGAAAUGACCUGCGGUGUGACACUCUUCGGUGGGAGAUUUCCAUCAAAGCAGCAACGGACGUGCCUCCUCGUACGUGCGCGCGACAGUAACCUAUCUGCUGUAGCUCCAAUCAGGCAUUGCAGAAGCUGUUGAA